GUGGGUGACAGAGGCUGGGCUGUUUCAGGGCAGGAUGAGGCUGCUGGGAGCCACCAUACUCCUCUCCCUGGUGGAUGUUCUCCAGGCCUACGCCAUCGAGAAGAAAGGGGACGUGUUCAAGAAGAUGGCGUGUCCCGCCUUCCUGGUAUUUGAGAACGUUGCGUACAUGGCAGACAUGACCUUUGAGCUGCCCUGCAAGUGCAAGCCCGAGGAGACCUCCUCUGUUGUCUGGUACUUCCAGAAGAACCUGCACAGCCACGAAACCACAGUGCUGACGGACUUCAACGGCACCGUGAUCGUGGACUCGAGCCACAUCCGCACGGGCAGCGACCUCCUGAAGCGUUUCAGCAUCCGCAUGUUCAGCCUGAUCGUGUUCCGAGCCCAGGCCGGGGACUCGGGGCAUUACCUGUGCGGCACCAAGGAAGGGCUCUUCUUCUACGGCUACGACGUGGACGUGCAGCCCACCAGGCAGAUCACGGUGGCUUUUCUGGACAACGACGAGCACGUCCAAGAGGAUUAUAGAGGGGAGGAAUUCACCCUCUUCACCACCUUCUGGGACUGGAGCCGCUGCGACCGCUGCGGGGUGCGGGGCGAGCAGCGGCGCAUCGGGCUGUGCUACGUGCAGAGCGCCCAGCUGAAGCCCCGGUACCGCACGGCGCUGCCCAACGUCACCUCCUGCGGCUCCAGGGCCGUGCCCGCACGCUUCCCCAGCCUCCUCCGCCUCCACAGCCCCGAGGUGGCCGUCAGGAGCUGCCUGGCCCCUUGCCCGGAGAAGGAAGUGCCCGAGGAGGGCGUGCAGUCCAUCUCCAACAUCGUUUUCAAGGUGGGCAAGAAGCCCCGGCUGCCCAAUGUCCCCAUCCAGUACCACAGGCAGCCCCAAAAAACCAACCUGGUCAUCUCGUGCCCGGGCGCGGGGCCGGAGCACGCCGUGGCCUGGGACAAGGGCUCCGUCCGCCUCUACCGCUCCCACUACCUCGUGGGGGUCAGGAAGCACAUGAGGCUCUUCAUCGACCACGGGAACCACCUGCACCUGCAGCGGGUGCGCAGGAGGGACAAAGCCACCUACUUCUGCUGGCGGGAGGGCGAGCUGGUGGCCGGCUUCCAGCUCACUGUCCCCUACGAGCCCCGGCGCCAGCGGAGCCCCGCGGACCCCGAGUCAAUCUUCGUCAUGAGGACUGUGGGCAUCUGCUUUGCCAUCAUCAUCGGCAUCUUCUUCCUCAUCCACAUGUCCCGCUACAGCUACCUGCUGCUCAGGAAACCCACUAUAGCAGCUCCCCCACAGGACACUCAGACACCUCGGGCCACCCUCACAUAG